AAUCUGGUCUAAGUCCUAAGACAAAAAAAUUCAAAAUCUGUUCAAGUAAGCGACAAACCUCGAUAACACUCCCCAACUUAAUUCAAACACAACCACCUUCUUCUUCUACUUCUUCACUCUCUUCAAUUCUUCAUCUAAUCCCCUUUUUCCAAUGCUUCCAUUCUUCUCUUCUUAACUCAUUCUCAUACCAAUAUUACUACCCGUUCCUUCCGGUCAUUAUUAUAAGCCAAAAUAUCAGUUAUUUUCUUGCAACCCCUCGUUGAUAAAAAAUAAAAAAUAAAAAUGCCACCAUCUCAUAACAACAUCAACAAUGUUGUUCUUCACCUCUUUCUCUGUCUCUGUCUCUCCAUUUCCUUCACUUCAUCUCUCAACUCAGAUGGUCUCUCUUUACUAGCACUCAAAGCAGCCAUAGACAUGGACCCCACUGGUAUUCUCAACUCGUGGUCUGACUCAGUUUCUACACCUUGUAGUAACUUUGAAGGAGUAUCAUGCAACAAUCAAGACCGAGUCACUCAACUCACUCUCACUUCAAAAUCACUAACAGGUUACAUACCUUCCGAGUUAGGCCAUCUUACUCAACUCACUACUCUUAAUCUCUCAAACAACAAUUUCACCAAAACCAUUCCUAACUCACUCUUCAACACUACAAACAAUCUCAUCAUUUUAGACCUUUCUCAUAAUUCUCUCUCUGGUCCUCUUCCACCAUCGUUUACUUCACUCAAAUCGUUAAUCCAUUGUGAUUUAUCUUCCAAUUUUCUUAAUGGUUCGUUACCUGAGUCGUUAACUGAAUUAACUGCUUUAACUGGUACUUUGAAUCUUUCUUUUAAUACUUUCUCCGGUGAGAUACCGGCUUCUUUAGGUAAUCUUCCGGUUGAAGUUAGUUUGGAUCUUCGAGAUAAUAAUCUUACUGGUGAAAUUCCUCAGGUGGGGUCCUUGCUUAAUCAAGGACCAACUGCUUUUUCCGGGAAUCCCGGACUGUGUGGGUUUCCGUUACGGAACCUUUGUCUAGAUAGGACAAAGGUUCCUGAUUUUUAUCCGGAGAAUCCUGAUCCGAACCCGAAUGCGGUUCGGACUGGGGCGAUUCGAGAUAAUGAGAGGGAGAGGGGUGGGUUGUUUUUUGUUGUUGGUUUGGUUUUGAUUUGUGUUGGGAUUGUGGUGGUUUUGAUGUCGGUGGUGGUGAUCCGGCGGCGACGGAGGAGGUUGAAUGAUGGGGAAAGGGGAUUUGAGAAGGGGAAGAUGGAAGGUGAGGUUUUGGGUUGUGGGGAGGAGCAGAAGGGUAGAUUUGUGGUGGUGGAUGAAGGGUUUGGGUUUGAAUUGGAGGAUUUGUUGAGGGCUUCUGCUUAUGUGGUUGGGAAGAGUAGGAGUGGGAUUGUUUAUAAGGUUGUUGGUGGCGGAAAAGGGUCGGUUCCCGCAACGACCGCGGUGGCUGUUCGGCGGUUAAGUGAGGGUGAUGAUGGAGGUUUAAGGUUUAAGGAUUUUGAGUAUGAGGUGGAAGCUAUUGGAAGGGUAAGACAUCCUAAUGUUGUCCCUUUGAGAGCUUAUUACUAUGCUAGUGAUGAGAAGCUUCUAAUCACUGAUUUCAUUCGCAAUGGAAGCUUGCAUACUGCUUUGCAUGGUGGGCCAUCCGAAUCGUUGCCACCAUUAUCAUGGGUGGCAAGAUUAAAAAUUGCUCAAGGAUCUGCAAGGGGAUUAAUGUACAUACACGAGUUUAGUGGUAGGAAGUAUGUCCAUGGCAACAUAAAAUCAACGAAAAUACUAUUGGAUGACGAUCUUCAACCUUACAUAUCCGGCUUUGGUCUUACCCGUCUUUGUUUAGGUACCUUAAAAUCUAACACCACAUUCACACAUAAGAGGCAGAAUUCAAACCAGUCUAUUUUAGCCUCAGCAAUGAGUUCAAAAUUUGCUGCUUCCUCUAAGAACUACAUGGCACCGGAGGUGCGAAUGACUGGUGGAAAGUUCACUCAGAAAUGUGAUGUGUAUUCUUUCGGCAUAGUGUUGUUAGAACUUUUGACAGGCCGGCUGCCGGAUUUAGGACCAGAAAAUGAUCAGAAGGAGCUUGAGAGUUUUGUGAGGAAAGCGUUCAAGGAAGAACAACCAUUGUCAGAGAUUAUAGAUCCAACACUUCUUCCCGAGGUUAAUGCUAAAAAACAAGUUGUUGCAGCAUUUCAUAUUGCGCUGAAUUGCACAGAGCUUGAUCCAGAAUUGCGACCGAGAAUGAGAACCGUGUCCGAGAGCCUUGAUUUGAUCACAUCAAAAUUCAGUGAAAUAGGAUGGAAAAAGUUGUAAAUUUUGUUCAUGUGGCUAACCUUUAUCUUUUUUGGUGGUGUUGAUUUUGUAAGAUUAUUGGAGGUAUGAAAAACUAGAUGUAGCUAGUUUUAUGUCAUUGACAUAAGCUGAUGCAUUUCCUUCUCAACAUAAUUUACAUGUGUGCAUCAAUCUUAGCCUUAAAUUGCAAGUGACCAAGGAUGUUCCUAUAGUAAAUACUCAAAAUUUCCAUAUUAAUAUGGUUAACUACUGUCCCAGAGCCAUUGUUUAACAUAUUUCAUAUGUUUCAAAAUGUCUUGGAU